AUGCCCUACUCCAUUCCUUGUGUUCGUUGCGGUGCACCUUUGAGCGGUAGCACUUCCGAUUAUCAAAGACACAUGUCGUCUCAUCAGGCUGGUCCUAACAAGGCUCCCACUCUGCCUUCUAUCUCCACUCAUCACAGCCCUUCACCUACUGAACGUGUUCUCGACGGGAUUCACCACAUCCCGCCUGCUGACCCUGCUACAGGCUCUAUUCCCCACAGCUCUUAUCAUCCUACAUCCAUCGGCAAUUCCCCAAACCCUUCAGCCAGCGGUUCGUCUACAUUCUCCUCUCCGACUCAUUUCCUCCGCAAUGCGCCUUCCUUGACUCUCGUCAACGCUACUAUUGAUAGGCCUACUACUCGUGUUGCUGAAGCUCAUUUUGCUCAUGCUCGCGGACGUGCUGCUAACCGUGUUGCCAAAGUCCAAGCUGCUAGGGGUCAUGCUCCACGCCCAUGUGCUACUCGUGCUCGUUUGGCGAGGUCUCGUGCUCGUGCUGCUCUCAAUCAACACCUCACGGCCCCGCCUCCUGGAACACCUAGACCUACUCCUCCAGCCACGUCUUCCCCUCUUGCAACAGCUGUACCCGCUGCUGUUCGCGCCAAGAACAAGAGAAAGAGAAGUGAGCCUGGUACUCGACCUAAGAAUAAGCGCGCUUGUGGAGAAUCUGCCUAUGGUGAUGGUAACGCUACUCCUAGCUUCGACAUUGUGGCUUUUGCUGGUCCUGUUGAUCAGUUCAACUCUCUCAUCAUUUGCAGCUCUCCACUCACUCCUUCUCUCGUCGAUCAGUUGAAUUCUCUCGAGAUUUGA